AUGCUGACUGCACAGAGGGCGUGUGCAGCGAUGGCUGCCCGGCGCCUGGUUAGAGCGUCUGUCUCCUCAGCACGCACACACCGCUGUCUGAUCCACACCUCCACACGACGUCAGGAUCAGGAGGACCUGCAUCCUGAGUGGGCCAGUCUGGCGAAGAAACAGCUGAAGGGGAAGAAUCCGGAAGAUCUGAUCUGGCGCACGCCUGAGGGACUUAACAUCAAGCCUGUGUACACCCAAACAGACUCAGCUGGCAGGCCAGAUGAGUUGCCGGGAGUGUUUCCCUACACUAGGGGGCCCUAUCCUACCAUGUACACCUACAGACCGUGGACUAUCAGGCAGUAUGCUGGCUUUAGCACCGUGGAGGAGAGCAACAAGUUCUAUAAAGAUAACAUUAAAGCUGGACAGCAGGGUCUUUCCGUGGCUUUUGACCUCCCGACGCACCGUGGUUACGACUCGGACAACCCCCGAGUCCACGGAGAUGUCGGCAUGGCUGGAGUUGCCAUAGACACAGUUGAGGACAUGAAGAUGUUGUUUGAUGGAAUCCCACUGGAGAAGAUGUCUGUAUCAAUGACAAUGAACGGAGCCGUCAUCCCGGUGUUGGCGAUGUUUAUAGUGACUGGAGAGGAGCAGGACGUGCCUAUAGCCAAACUAACUGGCACGAUUCAGAACGAUAUUCUGAAGGAGUUUAUGGUACGCAACACCUAUAUCUUCCCCCCGGAACCUUCAAUGCACGCCAUCGCUGACAUUUUUGCUUACACCUCCAAGCACAUGCCCAAGUUCAACUCCAUAUCCAUCAGUGGCUACCACCUUCAGGAAGCUGGAGCUGAUGCCAUCCUGGAAGUAGCAUACACCAUCGCUAACGGCCUGGAGUACUGCCGCACUGGUCUGAAAGCAGGCUUAACAAUCGAUGAAUUUGCCCCAAGGUUGUCCUUCUUCUGGGGUAUUGGGAUGAAUUUCUACAUGGAAAUCGCCAAGCUGAGGGCAGGCAGGAGGUUGUGGGCCACGCUCAUCAAAGAGAACUUCCAGCCCAAGAACGCCAAGUCUCUGCUCCUCCGCACACACUGUCAGACUUCAGGCUGGUCUCUUACUGAACAAGAUCCAUACAACAACGUGAUCCGCACAGUGAUUGAGGCCAUGGCAGCCGUGUUCGGGGGGACUCAGUCGCUCCACACCAACUCGUUUGAUGAAGCUCUGGGCUUGCCCACAGUGAAGAGUGCUCGCAUUGCCAGGAACACCCAGAUCAUCAUCCAGGAAGAAUCGGGCAUCCCCAAAGUCGCUGAUCCCUGGGGGGGCUCGCACAUGAUGGAGGCUCUCACGGAUGAUGUCUACAACAAAGCUAUGAAGUUCAUCCAAGACAUUGAAGAGAUGGGAGGCAUGGCCAGAGCUGUGGCAGAGGGGAUCCCUAAACUUCGCAUUGAGGAGUGUGCAGCUCGCAGACAGGCCCGCAUUGACUCAGGAUCAGAGGUCAUUGUUGGGGUGAACAAGUACCGUCUGGAGAAAGAGGAGACUGUGGAGGUGCUGGCUAUAGAUAACACGGCUGUGCGCCAGAAACAGAUUGAAAAACUGAAGAAGGUGAGGGCGAGUCGUGACCCAGAGGUAGCGGCAAAGUGCCUGGCAGCCAUUGAGGAGUGUGCCCGAACCAGGGAGGGCAACCUUUUAGCCCUGGCUGUAGAGGCGGCACGAGCCAGAUGUUCAGUUGGUGAAAUAACUGACGCCAUGAAGAAAGUGUUUGGUGAACACAAGGCCAGCACCAGGAUGGUGAGCGGUGCUUACCGCAGCGAGUUCGGGGAGCAUGAAGAGAUCGCUGCAGCUCACAAUAGAGUUGCAGAUUUUAAGAAGCACGAGGGCAGAAACCCUCGACUGCUGGUGGCAAAGAUGGGCCAGGAUGGUCACGACAGGGGUGCCAAAGUCAUCGCCACAGGGUUUGCUGAUCUGGGCUUUGAUGUGGACAUCGGACCACUGUUUCAGACUCCCCUUGAGGUCGCCCAGCAGGCGGUUGAUGCAGAUGUACACUGCGUUGGGGUCAGCACGCUUGCCGCAGGACACAAGACCCUGGUUCCGGAGCUCAUCAAAGAACUACGGAAGCUCAACAGGCCCGAUAUCCUCGUAAUCUGUGGGGGCGUCAUCCCACCACAGGAUUACGAGUUCUUGUACCAGAGCGGCGUGUGCGCCAUCUUCGGCCCAGGAACCAGGAUCCCACAAGCUGCAGUGGAGGUUAUUGACAACAUUGAGAAGAGCCUGGAAAACAUCCGGCAGGCCAUGUGAACUCAGACUACAACUAAAAGAACUGUUUAUUCAUGUUGUGGCAACAGCAAAGUCACAAGAGGGAGCUCACGCUUGUGUACAGAAUCAGUUUGAUUCGUAGCAUAAGAUUGUAAAACCACAAAAAUCACUCCCCAAUGUGAGAACACAGACGCAUGUACAGCAGUCAAGAUGAUUAAAACCCUACUGGUGUGAUGUGGUUGUAUUAACACUGCAUUUACUGUUUAUCUAAUUUGAUUUUAAUUACUAACAGUGUCCUCACAGUUUGUCUUUUUCAGUCCUGUAUCUUCACAAAGAAAAAAGAAUGACAUCACAAACAGUCUGUAGUUAAAAUCUAAAGAAAUAUUCUCACAUCUUCUGUUGGGUAAACAGCCAUUUAAUGAAUUACUUCAACUUUUGAAGGAUGCCUGUGUGUAUUGCAGUGGUUAUAAGAUUAUUAAUAUCCUGCUAGUAUCCUACAAAGACCAGAAUAGGAGUGAGACUGCCUCUUGCUUAACACUUAAGAGUUUUAAAGGGAUAGUUUAGAUUUUUUGAAGUGGGGUUGUAUGAGGUAGUUAAUCUAAAGACAGCACCCGCACAGUUUGGGGAAGCAGGCUGCAGUCUGUCAUGGAUGUUAAACAGUCUACUGCUGUGGAGGGGUUAGGAACAAAACAUAUUUUGGCCACCUAAAAAUAUCAGUUUAUGUGUACGCUAUAUUUAGAAUAUUUUCACAGCUGUACCUUAAUGUCAGACAGUGAUUUCCAACUGGAAAGUGAAGCCGUUAUAUUGCUCUCUUCACAGCCAGACUCCAUUGAGAAAAACAGUGAUUUGAUUUGCUGAACACAGGAGCAGCUGGUUUACUGCUGCCUCGGUUAGGUAUUUUGUUUGUGUUGUUGUGUGACUUUGGCAUUAAAAAGGACAAGUUCGGAUUCACCAAAGUCACACAACAACACAAACUAACUAAGACUGAAGCAGCAGUGGACCAGCAGCUCCUGAAUUCAGCGAGCUUAAAUUAAGGUUUUUGUCAGUGGGGUCUGGUGGUUUUGACGAGAGCAUAGAUGGGGAACUGAAGCAGUCAGGGGCUUCCCUGUCAGACUGAAAGGUAAAGUGGUGAAAAUAUUCUUAAUAUCAUGUACACUUAAACUGAUAUUGAUUUUUUUAGGUAGCUAAAAUUCAUCUUUAGUAGUACAUUAUUUAGCUUCCAUGUUGGACUCCUGCUGCUGCUUCUCCAAUCUGGGAACGUGCCGUCUGACACCUGCUGUGUGCAAUAUGCAAUACACUGACUAUGGAUAAGUACCUCAUACAACUGUACCUCAAAGAAUCUGAACUAUCCCUUUAACAGAAAAUACUUAAAUAUUUGUGACAGAAAUUAGACUAUAUUUAGGGCCUUUUCACACCUGAAAGUCUGAACCAAGGUGUUAACACAGGUUCGCGUUUUUCUUACGUGGUAUACAUUUGAUUCAGUUCGUUUUGGUUUCACAUUGCAAUUAUGCAAGUGCAGUUAAGAACUGUACAGAACAUACCAAUGUCCUGUUGUCAUCAUCUACGUGAGCUGCUCUCCCAUCCUCUUGUAUCCCGCUCUUAUCCUCAGAAAAUAAUUGAAAACUGUCCAGCUGACUCUUUGUAAUAACGUCGCCUCCUCUCCACAUGUGCCACCACAGCUUAGUUUGUUAUGUUGCAUUGUUCAUGGACAAACUGAACUGAGCCAUGGUUUAGUGUGAUCCAGACCGUCAGACCAAGAUUUGGUUGUUUGGUCCAGACCGUGGCCCAGGGAAGUUUUCACACCUGUUAUUUUUGUUUGGAUCAAUCCUCAAAGUCCAGAAGUCCAGACCAAACGAGGUUGGUGUGAGAGGACCCUAAGACUUCUACUCACACUUAACAAACAAUAAAUCAUAGCUCACAUGACAUAAAAAACAUAAUAUAUGUUAUAGAAACAUUGGCAUAAGAUCCGCUUUUUUGGCAUCCAAUAUAAAACAUUACACCACAGCACUAUAAUCCUACUUGUGCUGUUUUAAUUGUGAAAUAUGUGUGUAAUUUGAAGUUAGCAUGCAGGGUGGUAAUAGUGCUAGAGCAGUGGAGACGGAUGGGUACUAAUUCACAUUAAAAUAAACCUUUCAUUGCCCCUGGGUUUUAUUUUCAUGGAUAUUAUCAUCUUGAAUGUGGCCUUCUGUUGUCUUUUUCUCUUGCCUCUAUUGCAUCAUGUUGAAUUCAGCCAACCUCUGUCAGAGAUAAAACCACAGACCAAUUUAUGAAACAGCUGGAUAUAGUAUUUUUCUACUUGUGAUUGUGAACCAGAUUGAGCGCUCUUUGCUCUAAAUAAAGUAUGUGAACUCUGGACAUGAA